GUUACAAAGAAAAUUAAAGUCAUUGGUUGAAUAUGUUUUGGCCCCUUUUAUCCACAAUUAUUUAAUACAGAAAUAUUUCGAUGAAAUUUAUACUAACGAAAAUUUCAUUAUUUCCUAACGGAAUAAGUUUAUUUUUAUUAUACAUAUAAAAUAAAACUCUAAACAUAAGAGAGUUUCUUUCUAAAUAAGCUUCAUUGUUUACUAUUCUACAAACGCUACCAAUUCGUUUAUUUAUUUUUUUAUUUUAACAAUGAAUCAUAAAAUUUCAAAGAAUGUGCAAGCAACAAUGCCAUGGUAAACUUUUGUGGGUUUUUUUCGUGACGUUAGUGAUAGUUUGUGAAGAGAUAUAAUAAUCAUUAAAAUCAUAUAUAUUCAUGAUGAAGCUUGACUGACUUUGACUUUGGCUGGGUAAUCCCUCAUUCACUGAUUCACUGAAAAAUUAAUGAAUGAAUGAGAAUGAAUAACUAACAUAAACUCCCUCAAUCUCAACUCUCAUUUAAAUCAUUAUCAGUAGAGUUAGUAGAGUAACGUAGGAGGGGUGCUCCACCCCAGGCGGCACUCUUAUCUUUAUUAAUAUUAUGGAGGGGUGGAAUUUUCGGCCAACAGGGUUUGUCAUUUAAUGGCGUAAAUCUAUUAUUAGAACUGCUGUAAUGAUCCGGGUACUCUUGCCGGACAAAAUGUCAACACUGCUCAGUAUUACUAUGUUAGCGAAGUGUCCCUGAAACUUGUUUACAACUAUAUUUUACAAAAUAUUUUACACAUUUUUUUUACUUCUAUUUUGUGAAAUGGGACUCCAUUGCGCAUACGGCAUAUGUAACAGUAACUCUAGAUACAAGGAUCGUCCGAACGAUGUUCAAAGCAAUAUUUGUCCGCCGACGUUCCCAAAAUAGUACGCUAUGACGUUUUCCGGUCUGAGAAAUUGCAAAGCCAACUACAGAGUUUUUUCAUGGAAGCAACAGCAAAAAUCUCCCCCCCCCCCCCCCCACAGGCACUAACUUCCUUACUACUACAGCCCUAGGCUGGGGUACCGAGUUAUAUAAGACAUCUUAUUAUUAUUAUUAUUAUUAUUACUAUAAUUAACAGUAUUUGUCAUGACCAUUAGUUAUACUAUCAAUGAUGAACUAUAACUAUGACUAUUUAAUAUAAUUAUAGAAACAAAUAAUUAGCAAUUUAUGCAAAACUUCUACUGCACCCCGAAAACUAAAGUAAACGCAAAAGAUUGCAGUGUAGGCCCUGUCAAUAUUUUAUUUCUAAAAUAUUUAUUUUAAAGUUAAAGCACUAACUUGCAUUGCCAUAAACUUAAGUCAGUAGUUAAUUUGAAUUCAAAUUCAAUUCAAGUUCACAGAUUAUUAUCAAAUUCUAAUUUUAAUAAUAAUUUAUUGAGAAAUCAUCUAUUUUCAGUGGGAAUCCAAAGCGAUAUGACACCAGAGAUGUUGUUCGUAUGCCACAAGGAUCAUCCCAAAACAAAGGAUCAGAUGGCAUUGACAGCACGGAGACAGCAAGUGAGAGACAUUUGCAAACUCUGUUACAGCGUCAAGUUAGAAAAGAUAUAACUCUUGCUGAGUAAGUAAUUUAAAUCUGAUGCUGUAAUUUUGUUGUUAUUUCAACAUAAAUUGUAUUUAAACAUUUAUUUAAAAUAUAUUUUUUAUUUGUUAUUAUUAAAUAUAUAGUGUAUAGAGUUUCAAAUCACAUUUUUUUAAAUUUUUUAAGUAUUGUAAAAAAAUAUUGAUUUUUCAAAGAUGUAUUAUUUAUUUUUCUUUUAUGGAAAGCUUUAAACAAAAUUUUGUUGAUCUCUUGAAUUCUAAUUGUUCUCUUUUUCUUUUUUUCAGCCAUUUUUCUCAGCAUAGAUCAUUUUCCCUUGCCACUUCCCAUGCCCCAGGAGUUGAAAAGUUGGUUGGAAUCCAUAACUUUGAACACUACAAGGUGGUCAAUGAUUUGGAUUCAAAAGUUGACUACUUGCGUCACUGUGGGUUAGAUGAUGAGGAAAUCACAAUUAUGUUACAGGAGGAAAUGAAAAUUGAGGUAACAUUAAGUUUCCAUGUUCCUUUAUAUUAUUUCAACAUGUUUCUGACAUUAUUUUUUUUUUAAAAAAGGCUUGUUUAUUUAAGAGGCUUCAUUGUUGCUGUCAAGGGUAUACAAAUCACUGUUGGUAGGGUGAGGUUUUGCUACUGUUGGUUGUGCCGGGUAGGAGUAUUACUGUAGCUAAAUUUUAAUGGGUUGACAGGAAAAACAUGAUAAACAAGAGUGAAUAUAAGGUGUGAAAUCGAGUAUUGAUUGGGCAGUACACAUCAGUUUGUUUGAGUUGAGAUUUGGUAAACAUUGAGUUCACAUUUAGUUCUAAGUAAUGUACAGUAGCUCAGGUGUGUGUGGCGAGGGAAGGUAGUUCAUGUUGAGUUGUCGUUGCCUAAGAGGAUGUUAGUCCCUGAGACGGGUGCUGUGUACAAUAUAAUAUUAAUGUCUUGCCAGGAACAAGAAUCAAUUUGAAGAGUAUUAUUUUAUGAAGUGCUGCCGCUUCUAGUAUUUGGUGUGCAUGACUCUUAGUUGAUAGUACUGCUGUGUUAUAGUGAACUUAGAAGACAUUGCCAGAAAUACUUGACUGGUGCCAAAUAUCAAAAUCUCCUUUUUUUUGUCCCCUUGGUAUUAACAGACAACAGGUCAUCGAUAUGGAGCAGAUCCAGCUUACAAGGCUGAGAAGCUAUCGGAGAUUAAAAGAAAAAUUGUGGAUAAAGAAAAAUCAUUACAGAUUCCAGACAAGUUUCAAGGGGCUCUAGAACUGAGUAGGCAAGAUAGAGAUCUGGAUCGAUCAAUUACCAAGAAAUAUCGUCAAGAUUCUGGAAUUCCCAGUAUUAUCACAACUGAGAAGAAAUUUGUUGACUCCCACCCAGAUGACCCCAUAAAUCACAUUCCAGAAAUUUUGAAUGUGAUCAAUGGGAAAAUAGAAAGAGAGCCAAGGAGGGACAGGAGGAAAAGGAGGAAGCUAGAAAAAAGACAGCAGUAUUAUUCCUCGCUGAAUUCAGCUGAUGAAGAAGAAAAAGAAUCCAGUGAUGUUCCUGACUCGAGUCAUCAUGUUGAUAUGUCUCCUCCAAACUCAGAACUGCCAUCACAGUCUGACACGCAGCUAAUAAUUAGUGAUACAACAGUUGCAAAUAAUAUAAAUUUGAUUGAUGCAGGGAGGAAAAGUGUUUCCAGCUUGGUUCCAAAAAGUUCAAAUGACAUUUCUCAAAAUGAGGUUACAGAUGUUCAUAAUGAGGUCACAGAUGCUCAUAAUGAGGCUUGUUCCAUUAUUGAGGAAUGUAAAGGGUCUAGGAUAGUCAAUGAAUUCACUCAAACUGUUGACCCUAAUGAAACAGGAACAAAUAAUGGGACACACAUGUUAAGAGAGAUUGAAGUUCCUGUUCAGAUUCUGACUCGCGAAGAAAUUGAAAAUAACAGGCUAACAAUUGAUGAGAUAAAAGCCAUCGACAAAUUUCAGAAUUAUUCAGUUGGAGACCCAAAAAAGGUAAAUUUUUAUGUUUGUUAUUGUAUGCACCAAUAAAAACUUACAUUUUUAAGAUGUAAAUUUUAAAACAAAAAAAAUUAAAUCAGGAAAAAUGAUUAGUUGAAUAGCUUCCUGAUUUAUAAUUGAGGUAGUUAUAGUAUAUCUCAAGUGCUGUAAACAUGCAUUUUUCAGUCAUUACUAAAUCAGUAGGACCUGAUUAAAAAACUCUUUAAAGGCUCAACAGUGGAGCUUAAACUAGAACAAUAAAUGAAUUAAUUAUUUCUACAAGUUAUUUUUUAGAAGAAAAUAUGUAUUUAAGGUGAAUAAUAUUAAUGUAGAUAUUAUUUUAUAUUUUGUUUCCUUGCUCAUGGACAAUGUUUUAGGUCAGUGCUCCCUUACUAAAUAUUAAUUGUGUUGUCUACUUUAACUGGGUUGGAAACUCCUCUCAAAAGUGUGUUCAAGGGUUAUAUAAAAAGUGUGUUCAAGGGAUAUAUAUAAUGUUUUUUUAUAUUAGAAAUGAUGUUAAAAUCUAGCACUUCGCGGCCACUGUGAGAAGGUGAUUUAGUUUGCAUAUUGUUAUAUUCUCAUAGGAGAAGUUUGCAUACUUGCUAAAUUCAAGUAUUUUAAUAACCAUUUUAAUAUUUUUAGUUUCAUUCUUUUCUUUUUCCUAACACUGCAAUUACAGCAAAUAAGGUUUAUUAGAAAACAAAUUAAAUGUGAAAAAUUACUUUCAGAAGAAACAGUAUCUGAUGUUUUUUGAAACGCUGACUCUGUAGUUUUACUUCGAUUCUCUGACAGAUUGUGUAUGUGAAAAAUUUACACAACAAAGUUACAGAGAGAGACCUGGUGUCAUUGUUUGGUAGUUUCCAAUCUGUGCACAAAUCCAAACUUGUAUUCAAGCUCCUAAGUGGAAGAAUGAAGGGACAAGCUUUCAUAACAUUCCCAGGUAGAUAUUAUACACAUAUGUAGGUAAUGUCAAACCUAUUAACCCGUUCGCUUUGGCCGUUUUUGCCGUUUUUAAGCUUAAGACUCCAGCACUAUGAUGAACUUCAAAAAAAUAAGAGUUUCAUGAGUUUAUUCGUUUGUUUGAAAUCUUUUUAAUAAAAAAUAAAUAAUUGGGGUGUUUUUUAUGUCAUCUUAUGCAAGCAGCCAAGUGGAUUUCCUGACACUACUUGUAUUUUGAUUGCAUACACCCCUCUCCCGGCUCAUUGACCAAACUUCUCUAUGGAGCUUGAAACAACGUUUUUGAGAGCUGAAAACUACUCCGACAGAGCAAUAUCCAGCCAUAACUAAUGAUCCAAAAGUUUUCCACGUUAGAUGGAACUUCUAAUAUUCAAGCGUGGAUUCUGUAAUUUUUAAUAAAUGGCCCACAAUAUGUCUUUUUCUCAAAAUUAGAACAGAAUGAUAUAAAAAUUUGUUUGUUUCCCAAUCUUUUAGAACUUACCACCAUGCUACCAGCUGUUACAAAUUAAACAAUCACUCUUUAAGUAAAUAUUUUCACUGAUUGAAGUUUUUUUAUAUAUCAUGGCUGAUUUUUGCGCUUGAGAGAUGUUUAGAUGUUGGUGUCAACAUUUUUCUAGUUUAAAAAUAUUUUCUUUUUAACCAUAUUUAUCUUUGCCCUAAAAAUGAAUAUCGACCAUGUUAUCAAAAAAGCACUUCCAUUUAUUUGGAUCAAUAAAAGAAUCCUAUCUUAUCCUGAUAAUGUUCUUGUGAAUCUUUCUUUCUCAGACGAGGUGACAGCAGGAGAAGCCAUAAAAUUAGUCAAUGGAUACAAGUUGAAAGAUAAACCUGUCAUAGCCACUUUUGGAAGAAAACAUUAACGGCAAUAAAUUAUACUUAUGGAAAAGUCUAAAUGUGUUUAUUCCUUACAAGUAAAUGUGUUUCUUUUGAUUGGGUGUUUUCAAAUAUUAAAAGGAUAUAAACAUGAAGCAAAU